AUGUUCAAGGCUUUCAAGGCGGUUUUUGAUAAACAAGAAAAGCAAAUAAUUGAUCUAAGCGAAAGAAUUAAAGCAAUAGAAACAAAGAAGCCAGAUAAUGUUGUAAUUCCGCUUUUCAGCAACAUAGUUAAAUCAAGGAAACUCAAUGCACAAGAAACUAACUGUUUAAUGGCAGUUUCAAAAUUUCAAUCAGAAAAAGAUCAUAAAGCAAAUAACAUAGUUUUAUACGGGUUAAAAGAAUCAAUUAAAUCAGAAGAAGAACACAAAAAAAAUGAUGAUUACAAUCUCGUUUGCAAUCUUUUAAGUGAACUGCAGCCAAAUAAUAAUGUACCCAUAUCAAGAACUUAUCGAAUAAGACCGAAACAACAUCACCAUCAUGCACAAAAAAAGGAAAACUUAAUAAACAUGGACGAAGAAGAUGAAACUAUUGAAACAUCUGUCAGUACCCUAAAACCUGCACCUUUAAUUGUCAAAAUUGUAAACGGAAAUUUAAUAAGAAAAGAAAUUUUAAAACUCGCCAAGAACUUAGCUAAAAGCAAAGACUUAAACAAUUUAUUUAUUCAACCUGAUUUAACCAGUGCAGAGCGCAGUUUAAGGAAAAAGCUACUCACGAAAAGAAACAAUCUAAACAAAGAAAUACCGCGAGAGAACAACAGAUUUACUGGUACUCACUACUUUGGUAUCAGAGCAUUAAAACCUAAACGACCAAAACCUAAUAGAACUUUGCGAUCACAAUACAGCCAACAACAUAAUAAAGCUUUGCUUAGAGAUCCAACAACUAUCGAUUUUUCUGAUAUACUUUAUUACUGGGCCAAUAAUCCAUGCUCACUUAAUAAAGAUAAACAUAAUGAACUUGUUGCCAGGCUAGCUAAUAUCAGAGAUCCAUCACUGUUACCGCACGUCAUAUGGUUUACUGAAACCUGGUUCACAAACGAUUCUGAUACAUCAAUCGCCAGUUAUCAAUUACAUCGUAAGGACAGAAUCGGCAGAGGAGGCGGUGUUGCCAUCUACAUCAAAGAUAGUGUCGUUGCUGAAGAAACAAAUGUUGUCCAACUUAACUCGCCUAAAAUUGAACAAAUAUGGCGAAUGAUCAAAAUCGGGGAAGAUGUCAUUCUCAUCGGUUGUAUUUAUCGCCCUCACGACUUCAAUGAUGACUACUUUGUUUCUGUUUUAGCUACCAUAUUAGCAGCAAAAAAUGUUCUUCAAAAACUAGGGUGUUCAUCAAUGCUUCUGUAUGGAGAUUUCAAUCUUAAAGAAACGUCUUACAAAUCCAUUGAAGAAGGAAGUGCUGUAGCAACCAUUGCUUAUGUAGCCCACAAGCACCCAACCGAUCUAAAAUUCCAAGAAUGUCUCAAUGAGUGUCAUCUUACCCAACUGGUUACAUUUCCAACAUAUCGACAGUAUAGGGAUGCCCCUUUUAGUAGCACGCUUGACCUAAUAAUCUCUGACAAACCAGACCGCUCCAUAGAAAUCACUAGAGCAGAUCAUCUAGGCGAUACACCAGGAGGUCAAGCACAUUGCAUGAUACACGGACUCUUUGCUUUAACCGGCUCUGUGAAUGAAAAUUACAAGAUUCUAGUUAAAAACUACAACGACGCAGUCAAUAAAUUUAUUCCAACAACAACCUUACCAUUCUAUAAAAAUCAACCGUUGUGGAUUACGCCAGAAGUAAAAAAAAAAGAAAAGCUCUGGGGUAAGUAUAUUGCUGCUGGUCGCGAAACACACGAAGCACUUCGAGUAAAACAUAAACUUGCUUGCAAAAUAGUUAAAAAGACUAUAAAUAAGGCGGUAACCGAUCAUGAGGAGAAGCUUGUCAAAGAUUCAAAAUCUCACCCAAAAAAUGUGCAUGCGUAUGUCAGAAGUAAACAAGAAGUCAAAGAUCCUCUUCAUUCAAUCGAAACUGACAAUGGCAUUAUUACAACAGAUAAAAACAUAAUUUGCUCCACCCUCAAUAACUAUUUUCAGUCUGUCUUUGAAACUGAACCUGAUGGCAGUAUGCCAACAUUUCCCGAUCGUACUCAAGCAACAUGUAAAAUUAAUGAAAAUUGGUUCACAAUUGAAGACAUUCAAAGUCAUCUAAAUAAUCUUGAAGAGACUAAAUCAAUUGAUGUAGAUGGAAUCCACCCACGUGUAUUACGUAACUGUGCAGCAGCAUUUGCAAUACCAUUCAACUCUAUUUUUAGACAAUCUUUAUUGUCUGGCUCUGUACCUGAAUAUUGGAAAAAAUCAAACAUUACUCCCAUCUUUAAGAAAGGAAGCAAGCUUAAGGCCUACAAUUAUCGACCGGUUUCCCUCACCUCAAUACCGUGCAAAGUAAUGGAAAAAAUAAUUCACAAACAUAUUAUGGCGCACUGUGUGGAAAACAAUCUAAUCUCCAAGCAUCAGCAUGGUUUUAUUCGUAAAAAAGGAUGUUUGACUAACCUCCUCGAAGCUCGCGACAUACUUACCGAGGCUAUGCAUCAAGGUUACAGUGCUGAUAUUAUCUACACAGAUUUUGCUAAGGCAUUCGAUAAAGUCCCGCACAAACGUCUUCUACAUAAACUGAAAGCAUACGGCAUUCACAAAAAGCUGCUACUUUGGAUUAAAAUGUGGCUAAAAGAUCGUAAGCAACGUGUUGUCUUGGGAGAACACGUUUCUGAGUGGAAGAACGUCACAAGUGGAGUUCCGCAGGGUUUUGUCUUAGGGCCACUGCUUUUUAUUUUGUUUAUUAACGACCUUCCUGAUAGUAUCGUUCACAAGAUAAUGCUAUACGCUGACGACAGCAAAAUUAUUGGGAUCAUAAAGUCGGCAUCGGAUAACACAACGCUUCAGGCAGAUAUUGAUAACGCGGUUACAUGGUCAAACACUUGGCUCAUGCACUUUAACAUUGAUAAAUGUAAAGUGAUGCAUGCAGGUCGUCCUAAUAAACGUUUAUCACAUGACUACUCUAUGGAAACCGCUGAUGGCAUGCGCCACACUAUUGCAACUACAACUAUUGAAUGUGACCUUGGAGUUCUCAUAUCAAACAAUCUGAAAGUCAGAGCACAAGUUGAAAAAGCAGCAUCCGCAGCCAAUCGCAUGUUAGGAAAGCUAAAAAAUGCUUUCCGCAGUAGAAACUUAAACUUGUGGCGCACACUCUAUAUAUCUUAUGUCCGGCCACAUCUCGAAACAGACAUUAAGUUACUUGAGGGUGUUCAAGACCGCGUCACUGGGACAAUAUCAUCCAUCAGCCUUUUUGAUAAAAUAAAGCGUCUGCAGGUACUCAAACUAACCACCCUCAAAGAACGUCGUUUGCGUGGUGAUAUAAUCGAACAAUUCAAGAUUUUCAACAACUAUGACGAAGUUCAAUUUAUGGUCCCACAGCACCAACUAAUUGGGCGUGAGGUGUACAACCUACGCGGCCAUGACAAGCAGUUUGAUCGUCAAUUCGUAAAAGGAUGUGAGGAGAGAUCAAACUUUUUCACAAACCGAGUUGCGGUCCAUUGGAACUCUCUCACACAGCACGCGGUAAACGCUCCAUCUUUAAAUGCAUUUAAAGAUCGGAUUUCGAUGCGAUAA